AUGGCGGAAGUGGAAGAUAUUGUUCUUGCAGCAGCAUGCUGUCGUCAGCAGGAAGAAGGAGUGCCUCCUGUUGCAGCCGCGUCAACUCCGGCUUCAAAAAGGCCACGUCUUGCUGCAGCUGCAGAAGUAGCACCUGCUGCAAACUGCAGAGUGUGUUUGUCAGAGCAGGCAACACAUAUGAUCGUCCCUUGCGGACACAUAUGCCGUCAGCAGGAAGAAGGAGUGCCUCCUGUUGCAGCCGCGUCAACUCCGGCUUCAAAAAGGCCACGUCUUGCUGCAGCUGCAGAAGUAGCACCUGCUGCAAACUGCAGAGUGUGUUUGUCAGAGCAGGCAACACAUAUGAUCGUCCCUUGCGGACACAUAUGCCGUCAGCAGGAAGAAGGAGUGCCUCCUGUUGCAGCCGCGUCAACUCCGGCUUCAAAAAGGCCACGUCUUGCUGCAGCUGCAGAAGUAGCACCUGCUGCAAACUGCAGAGUGUGUUUGUCAGAGCAGGCAACACAUAUGAUCGUCCCUUGCGGACACAUAUGCCGUCAGCAGGAAGAAGGAGUGCCUCCUGUUGCAGCCGCGUCAACUCCGGCUUCAAAAAGGCCACGUCUUGCUGCAGCUGCAGAAGUAGCACCUGCUGCAAACUGCAGAGUGUGUUUGUCAGAGCAGGCAACACAUAUGAUCGUCCCUUGCGGACACAUAUGCCGUCAGCAGGAAGAAGGAGUGCCUCCUGUUGCAGCCGCGUCAACUCCGGCUUCAAAAAGGCCACGUCUUGCUGCAGCUGCAGAAGUAGCACCUGCUGCAAACUGCAGAGUGUGUUUGUCAGAGCAGGCAACACAUAUGAUCGUCCCUUGCGGACACAUAUGCCGUCAGCAGGAAGAAGGAGUGCCUCCUGUUGCAGCCGCGUCAACUCCGGCUUCAAAAAGGCCACGUCUUGCUGCAGCUGCAGAAGUAGCACCUGCUGCAAACUGCAGAGUGUGUUUGUCAGAGCAGGCAACACAUAUGAUCGUCCCUUGCGGACACAUAUGCCGUCAGCAGGAAGAAGGAGUGCCUCCUGUUGCAGCCGCGUCAACUCCGGCUUCAAAAAGGCCACGUCUUGCUGCAGCUGCAGAAGUAGCACCUGCUGCAAACUGCAGAGUGUGUUUGUCAGAGCAGGCAACACAUAUGAUCGUCCCUUGCGGACACAUAUGCCGUCAGCAGGAAGAAGGAGUGCCUCCUGUUGCAGCCGCGUCAACUCCGGCUUCAAAAAGGCCACGUCUUGCUGCAGCUGCAGAAGUAGCACCUGCUGCAAACUGCAGAGUGUGUUUGUCAGAGCAGGCAACACAUAUGAUCGUCCCUUGCGGACACAUAUGCCGUCAGCAGGAAGAAGGAGUGCCUCCUGUUGCAGCCGCGUCAACUCCGGCUUCAAAAAGGCCACGUCUUGCUGCAGCUGCAGAAGUAGCACCUGCUGCAAACUGCAGAGUGUGUUUGUCAGAGCAGGCAACACAUAUGAUCGUCCCUUGCGGACACAUAUGCCGUCAGCAGGAAGAAGGAGUGCCUCCUGUUGCAGCCGCGUCAACUCCGGCUUCAAAAAGGCCACGUCUUGCUGCAGCUGCAGAAGUAGCACCUGCUGCAAACUGCAGAGUGUGUUUGUCAGAGCAGGCAACACAUAUGAUCGUCCCUUGCGGACACAUAUGCCGUCAGCAGGAAGAAGGAGUGCCUCCUGUUGCAGCCGCGUCAACUCCGGCUUCAAAAAGGCCACGUCUUGCUGCAGCUGCAGAAGUAGCACCUGCUGCAAACUGCAGAGUGUGUUUGUCAGAGCAGGCAACACAUAUGAUCGUCCCUUGCGGACACAUAUGCCGUCAGCAGGAAGAAGGAGUGCCUCCUGUUGCAGCCGCGUCAACUCCGGCUUCAAAAAGGCCACGUCUUGCUGCAGCUGCAGAAGUAGCACCUGCUGCAAACUGCAGAGUGUGUUUGUCAGAGCAGGCAACACAUAUGAUCGUCCCUUGCGGACACAUAUGCCGUCAGCAGGAAGAAGGAGUGCCUCCUGUUGCAGCCGCGUCAACUCCGGCUUCAAAAAGGCCACGUCUUGCUGCAGCUGCAGAAGUAGCACCUGCUGCAAACUGCAGAGUGUGUUUGUCAGAGCAGGCAACACAUAUGAUCGUCCCUUGCGGACACAUAUGCCGUCAGCAGGAAGAAGGAGUGCCUCCUGUUGCAGCCGCGUCAACUCCGGCUUCAAAAAGGCCACGUCUUGCUGCAGCUGCAGAAGUAGCACCUGCUGCAAACUGCAGAGUGUGUUUGUCAGAGCAGGCAACACAUAUGAUCGUCCCUUGCGGACACAUAUGCCGUCAGCAGGAAGAAGGAGUGCCUCCUGUUGCAGCCGCGUCAACUCCGGCUUCAAAAAGGCCACGUCUUGCUGCAGCUGCAGAAGUAGCACCUGCUGCAAACUGCAGAGUGUGUUUGUCAGAGCAGGCAACACAUAUGAUCGUCCCUUGCGGACACAUAUGCCGUCAGCAGGAAGAAGGAGUGCCUCCUGUUGCAGCCGCGUCAACUCCGGCUUCAAAAAGGCCACGUCUUGCUGCAGCUGCAGAAGUAGCACCUGCUGCAAACUGCAGAGUGUGUUUGUCAGAGCAGGCAACACAUAUGAUCGUCCCUUGCGGACACAUAUGCCGUCAGCAGGAAGAAGGAGUGCCUCCUGUUGCAGCCGCGUCAACUCCGGCUUCAAAAAGGCCACGUCUUGCUGCAGCUGCAGAAGUAGCACCUGCUGCAAACUGCAGAGUGUGUUUGUCAGAGCAGGCAACACAUAUGAUCGUCCCUUGCGGACACAUAUGCCGUCAGCAGGAAGAAGGAGUGCCUCCUGUUGCAGCCGCGUCAACUCCGGCUUCAAAAAGGCCACGUCUUGCUGCAGCUGCAGAAGUAGCACCUGCUGCAAACUGCAGAGUGUGUUUGUCAGAGCAGGCAACACAUAUGAUCGUCCCUUGCGGACACAUAUGCCGUCAGCAGGAAGAAGGAGUGCCUCCUGUUGCAGCCGCGUCAACUCCGGCUUCAAAAAGGCCACGUCUUGCUGCAGCUGCAGAAGUAGCACCUGCUGCAAACUGCAGAGUGUGUUUGUCAGAGCAGGCAACACAUAUGAUCGUCCCUUGCGGACACAUAUGCCGUCAGCAGGAAGAAGGAGUGCCUCCUGUUGCAGCCGCGUCAACUCCGGCUUCAAAAAGGCCACGUCUUGCUGCAGCUGCAGAAGUAGCACCUGCUGCAAACUGCAGAGUGUGUUUGUCAGAGCAGGCAACACAUAUGAUCGUCCCUUGCGGACACCUAUGCCGUCAGCAGGAAGAAGGAGUGCCUCCUGUUGCAGCCGCGUCAACUCCGGCUUCAAAAAGGCCACGUCUUGCUGCAGCUGCAGAAGUAGCACCUGCUGCAAACUGCAGAGUGUGUUUGUCAGAGCAGGCAACACAUAUGAUCGUCCCUUGCGGACACAUAUGCCGUCAGCAGGAAGAAGGAGUGCCUCCUGUUGCAGCCGCGUCAACUCCCGGCUUCAAAAAGGGCCACGUCUUGCUGCAGCUGCAGAAGUAG